AUGGUUGAGGCCUCGUGGAGUGCCUUAUUCUGGUCCGUUUGGCAUGCACAUGGGCUCGUUUGGAUACCCCCAAACUCCAUGAAAAUGGUCCACAAAACCGCUUUCAAAAUGGUUAAGGCCUUGUGGAGUACCUUAAUCUGGUCCAUUUGGCAUGCACAUGGGCUCGUUUGGAUACCCCCAGACUCCCUGAAAACGGUCCACCAAACCGUCUGUGAAAUGGUUGAGGCCUCAUGGAGCACCUUAAUCUCAUCUGUUUGGCAUGCAUGUGGGCUUGUUCGGAUACUCCCAAACUCCCUGAAUAUGAUCAACAAAACUGUUUAUGAAAAGGUUGAGGCCUUGGUUGAUUGUUAUACAUUGAAUAUAAAGAAAUAUAAUUGA